AUGGAGGAAGCACAGAACUCCAGACUGAAUGAAGCAGAAGCAGAGGGAUCCUUGCACUCCAUGUCCUCCAGAACAGCUUUCCCUCCAUCAGGGAGAACAAUCGACAGCACAGUUGUCACAUCACUAAAUUUCACUCCAAAUCUGAGAAAAAUUGUUGAAGAAGACAUACCAAAAGAAUAUUGUUCUGGCGUGCUCACGUCUCAGUGCCUGGUUGAUAAAAGCAAGAUGGAGAGUUUACGUAAAGCCAUCUGGAUCCUUGUCCUGCCUUACUUGAUUCUGGCUUCUCACUCCAAUGAUCAAUCUGCCCCGAGGUGUCACCUGGAAACGCCAAGCCUUAAGGGGAUGACCCUACCAGGAGAUGUACUAAUAGGAUUCCUAUUCCCUUUACGUCUGGAUAAAAUUUACUACAACGUUUCUUUCACAGAACGGCCUCCAAAGACCACCUGUACAACGUUCUCCUUUGAGAGCUUUCAGGCACUCCAGGCUGCAAUAUUUGCCAUUGAGCAGAUCAACAAUAACUCCAACAUCUUACAGAAUGUAAGCCUCGGCCUCCAAGCCUAUGAUUCGUGUAACGUUCUUCAGCAGAAUGUGAAGGCAACGCUACAAAUAGUAACAGGACAUGAUACGGCUGUUCCCAAUUAUCGAUGUCUUUCAAAUUCUCCUCUCACUGCUGUUCUUGGUCCCUCAAUCUCAACACAGUCAAUGACAAUAGCUCAUAUUCUGGGGCUCGGCAGAUUUCCACAGAUAAGCCAGUGGUCAACCAGUCCUCUACUGAGCGAUCGGAGAAAAUUCCCAUCCUUUUUCAGAACAGUGCCAAGUGAUGCAUUCCAGUCUCACGGACUUGCACAACUGGUCUUGCAUUUUGGUUGGUCAUGGAUUGGACUUAUUGCUGCAAACGAUGACUAUGGCCAACAAGGGAUCCAGCUGAUCAGACAAGGUAUAGUCAAGGCUGGGGCUUGUGUGGCGUACAGUGAAAACAUUCUAAUAAACCUGCCAGAUCGUAAUGCUCCACAUAUAGUAAAUGUAAUUAAACAGUCUACUGCCAAAGUUGUGGUGGCCUUCUGUAAUGAAGCUGAUCUGAUCAUUGUCUUGGGUGAAUGGUCAAGACAAAAUGUCUCCAAGAAGAUACUAAUUGCCAGUGAAGCAUGGUCAACAGCAAGCCUCUUUUCUCUUCAGAAAUAUUCAAACCUUCUUACUGGUACCAUUGGACUUACUUUUUCUAGUGGGACACUACCAAACUUUAAAGAGUUUCUUAACAAAAUCAAUCCUUUUAUGUCUAUCGGUGGGGACUGGAUUAAGUUAUUUUGGGAGAACACUUUUAAAUGCACAUUUGCCCAUAACUUUAACUUAACAUCAGCUUUGGAGACUUCAGAAGGAGAGUGCACAGGGUCUGAAAAACUAGACAAGAUACAAAACAGCUUUACGGAUUUCUCUAUACUAAGGUCCCCCUAUAAUUUCUACACUGCAGUCCAUGUGGUGGCCAAAGCUUUGGAAGAUCUUCAAAAAUGCCCUCAAGGCAAAGGCCCAUUUGCUGAUGCAAACUGUGCAGAUGUGUGGGAUUUUAAACCUUGGCAGCUCCUGUACUAUAUGAAAAAAGUGAGAUUCAAGCAAAAUAAUGGAAGGGAACUCUACUUUGAUGAAAAUGGUGACCCACCUGCUGCAUAUGACAUAGUGAACUGGCAGCUGAGCCCAGAAGGUGAAAUACAACAAAUCAAGAUUGGAAGUUUUGACACCGCAGCACCUCCAGGAGAUAUUUUUGCCAUAGAUACAAGUGCCAUUGUGUGGUCAAUAGAAGAUCACCAGAGUUCAGUCUGCAGUGAAAGCUGUCCACCAGGAUUUCGUAAGGUUGCCAAAAGUGGAAAACCUGACUGCUGUCAUGACUGUGUCCCCUGUCCACCAGGAGAGAUCUCCAACCAGACAGGUAAAAGUGCAACCAUCGAGUCUAUUUUUUCCAAAGUCACAAUUCCUGAAAUGAAGGAAUACUACACCAUCAACUGCCUGAAGUGCCAGUGGGAUCAUUGGCCAAAUUCUCAGAAAUCCAGAUGUCUUCUAAAACCUAUAGAAUAUCUCUCAAAUGAAGAUCCACUGGGACAAAUAUUAACUGCCAUUAGUGUCAUUUCCUCUUUGGUUCCAGUUGCCAUUAUGAACCUUUUUGUAAGGUUUAAGGCCACUCCUCUAGUUAAAGCUAACAAUUAUUAUAUCAGCUGUCUUCUCUUGGUCUCCCUCUCAUUGUGCUUCCUCUGCCCUCUGAUUUUUAUUAGUUAUCCCCAGCGUGAGAAGUGCCUCCUGCGUCAGAUUGCUUUUGGAAUGGUUUUUGCUCUCUGUAUCUCAUGCAUUUUGGCCAAGACCUUGAUUGUGAUAUUUGCUUUUAUAGCUACCAUGCCAGACAGUAAUCUCAGAAAGUGGGCAAACCCAAAAGUGUCCUACAUGGUCAUUGCAAUGAGUUCAUUCUUACAAUUUGCUUUGUGUGUACUCUGGUUGUGUAUUGCUCCUCCCUUCCCAGAAUACAACACACAAUCUAAACCUGGAAUAAUUAUUAUUGAAUGUAAUGAAGGAUCACCCGUUGCCUUCUGGACCAUGUUGACCUACCUUUUUCUUUUGGCCUUCAUUAGUUUUAUUGUUGCCUUCCUGGCUCGUAGACUUCCUGACAGUUUCAAUGAGGCUCAGUUUAUUACCUUCAGCAUGCUAGCUUUCCUCAGUGUCUGGAUAUCCUACAUCCCAGCAUCCCUCAGUGCACAGGGCAAAUAUAUGGUGGCCAUGGAGAUCUUCGCCAUCUUGGCCUCCAGUUGGGCUCUUAUCACCUGCAUGUUUUUCCCAAAAUGUUUUAUCAUCUUGUUUAGACCCGACAUGAACACUAAAGAAUUUCUAAUGAGAAACAACAUUUAUAAAAGAUAGCUUAUUCGGUGUGUACAUGUAAUGUGUUUUAUUUCUUCAACAUGCUAAAUUGAGCUCAAGGUUUUAUCUGCCUUAGCUUCUACUUAAGUUGUAUAAGAUUUAUAGACUGGUUAAUUUAUAUUUCUAAAUAAUUAUGAGAUCAAAUAUAAGUAUGCAUUGCAAA